AUGGGGCGCGACAAGUUCGCGAGACAGUCUCUCGGCCCGUCGCUUCACAGCCAUAUCAAGCAGGCGCGCGUCCUCAUGGUCGGCGCUGGUGGUAUCGGCUGCGAGCUGCUCAAGAAUCUCGCCCUCACCGGCUUUGGCAACAUCCACAUUGUCGACCUCGACACGAUCGAUCUGUCCAACCUCAACCGUCAGUUCCUCUUCAGGCACGAACACAUCAAGAAGUCCAAGUCGUUGGUCGCAAAGGAAUCCGCCGGAAAGUUCAACCCUCACGUUAACAUCGAAGCGCACCACGCCAACAUCAAGGACCCCCAAUUCAACAUCGACUGGUUUCAGAGCUUCGCGAUCGUCUUCAAUGCGCUGGACAACCUCGAUGCGAGACGUCAUGUCAACAAAAUGUGCCUGGCGGCAGAUGUGCCGUUGAUUGAGAGUGGCACCACCGGCUUCAACGGUCAGGUGCAAGUCAUUAAGAAGGGUAGAACCGAAUGCUAUGAUUGCAACAUCAAGGAAACCCCUAAGAGCUUCCCCGUUUGCACGAUCCGCAGCACGCCGAGCCAGCCCAUUCACUGCAUCGUUUGGGCCAAAAGCUACCUCUUUACGGAAAUCUUUGGCAUCAGCGAAGACGAAGCGCCCGAGCUCGAUCAUACUGAAAGUUCGGAGAAUGCGGAAGAGAUUGAGAAUCUGCGCAAGGAGGCGCAGGCUUUGAAGAACAUUCGCAAGUCCAUGGGCUUGGAGGAAUUCCCGAAGAAAGUCUUUGAGAAGGUCUUCAAGGAGGAUAUCGAUCGUCUGCUCUCAAUGAAGGACAUGUGGGCGAACAGAAGGGCCCCAGAGCCCUUGGAGUGGGAGAAGCUCACGCAAGAGGCUCUGGGUGUUGGACCUACGGUUGCACAACAAGAUCAGAGCGUCUGGACUACGUCAGAGAACUUCGUAGUCUUUUGCGACAGCUUGCGGCGCCUCAGCAAUCGGCUGGAGGAGUUGAGGGCGAAUGCAAACGUCGGCAAUGCCCCUCCUGUUCUGAGCUUCGACAAGGAUGACGUCGACACGCUGGACUUUGUCGCGGCGGCCGCGAAUCUCAGAUCUUACAUUUUUGGCAUUGAGACGAGGUCCAAAUUUGACAUUAAACAAAUGGCUGGUAACAUCAUCCCUGCUAUCGCGACCACUAACGCAAUGACUGCCGGACUUUGCGUCCUGCAGGCCUUCAAGGUGAUGAAAGACGAGUACGACAAGGCCAAGAUGAUCUUCCUUGCCCGUUCGGUCGACCGCGUCAUCUCAUCAGAACCAUUGCAUCCACCGAAGCCAGAGUGUCCGGUUUGCAGCGUUGCUCAAACCAAAUUAGAAGUUGACACUUCUCGCGCAACGCUGAAGGAUCUUGUCGAAAACUUUCUCAAGUUGGAGCUCGGCUAUGGCGAAGAGUUCAGCGUUAGCACUGAUGCCGGAAUUCUCUAUGACCCGGAGCUAGACGACAACCUGCCUAAGAAGUUCAGCGAAGUUGGAAUCAAGGGUGACAGCUUUAUCACUGUCAUUGAUGAAGAGGACGACAAUCCGAGGGUGAACCUCGUUCUAUCCAUUGCAGAGAAGCCUAUCAGCGAAGGCGACAAGGUCAUCAACCUGCCAACGAAGCUAGAAAUUCCCCGGAAGCCCAAGGCGGACGUGGCAGCCACGAACGGCAAUGGAAUCACCGCGACAAACGGCGUUCAGGACAGCCUAAGCGACGGCUUCAAGCGCAAGCGCGAGGCUGAAGACCUGAGCAACGAAGACGUGCAACGCCGCAAGAUGGCCAAGGUCGCGGAGGGAGGACCGUCCAAGGUCCCGGCUCCCGUCGACGACGUAAUUGUCUUGGACGAUGACGGCUCUGCAGGCCACAUCAUCAUCGACGACGACUGA